CGGUCCUGUCGGCCAAUCGCGGGACGUGUAGGGGGUAGGCUGGCGUGGCGCUGGCUCCAGGGGUAUGGAGCGUCUGGCGCGUGGACAGACUGUCAGGUGGUUGCGGAGACGAAUCUUAUUCUAAGAACUCAGACACUCAGGUAUCCACCAUGGUGUUGGAUCCUGAACAGAAGACACCAGAUGAAGAUGCUUCUGGAGACCACGGGGACCCUGCCAGUCUUGGGGCCAUCAACCCUGCCUACAGUAACUCCUCUCUUCCACAGUCCUCUGGGGGGCACUCAGAGGAGCCCUUCACCACCUACUUUGAUGAGAAGAUCGCCAUUCCUGAGGAGGAGUACUCUUGUUUUAGCUUUCGUAAACUCUGGGCUUUCACGGGUCCGGGAUUUCUUAUGAGCAUUGCCUACCUGGAUCCAGGAAACAUUGAAUCUGAUUUGCAGUCUGGAGCAGUGGCUGGAUUUAAGUUGCUCUGGGUUCUUCUGAUGGCCACCAUCGUGGGACUCCUGCUCCAGCGCCUUGCAGCUAGACUGGGAGUGGUCACUGGGCUGCAUCUUGCUGAAAUGUGUCACCGUCAGUAUCCCAGGGUUCCACGAAUUAUCCUGUGGCUGAUGGUGGAGUUGGCUAUCGUUGGCUCAGAUAUGCAAGAAGUUAUUGGCUCCGCUAUUGCCAUCAACCUCCUCUCUGUAGGAAGGGUCCCGCUGUGGGGUGGAGUUCUUAUCACCAUUGCAGAUACCUUUGUAUUUCUCUUUUUGGACAAAUAUGGCUUGCGGAAGCUAGAAGCAUUUUUUGGUUUUCUCAUCACAAUUAUGGCCCUCACAUUUGGAUAUGAGUAUGUUACAGUGAAACCCAGCCAGACCCAGGUCCUCAAAGGCAUGUUCCUGCCAUCCUGUUCAGGCUGUCAUACCUCACAAAUCGAGCAGGCUGUGGGCAUCGUGGGUGCUGUUAUCAUGCCACACAACAUGUAUCUGCAUUCUGCUUUAGUCAAGUCCAGACAGGUAGACCGAGCCAAUAAGGAGGAAGUUCGGGAAGCCAAUAAGUACUUUUUCAUUGAAUCCUGCAUUGCUCUUUUUGUUUCCUUUAUCAUCAACGUCUUUGUCGUCUCAGUCUUUGCUGAAGCAUUUUUUGAGAAAACCAACAAGCAGGUGGUUGAAGUCUGUAGAAAUAUCAGCAGUCCCCAUACUCAUCUUUUUCCUGACGAUAACUCAACACUGACUGUGGACAUCUACAAAGGGGGUGUUGUGCUGGGGUGUUACUUCGGGCCUGCUGCACUCUACAUCUGGGCAGUGGGGAUCCUGGCUGCAGGACAGAGCUCCACCAUGACAGGAACCUACUCUGGCCAGUUUGUCAUGGAGGGAUUCCUGAACCUAAAGUGGUCACGCUUUGCCCGAGUGAUUCUGACCCGCUCUAUUGCCAUCAUCCCCACUCUGCUUGUUGCCGUCUUCCAAGAUGUAGAGCAUCUGACAGGGAUGAAUGACUUCCUGAAUGUUCUUCAGAGCUUACAACUUCCCUUUGCUCUCAUACCCAUCCUCACGUUUACGAGCUUGCGGCCGGUAAUGAGUGAAUUUGCCAAUGGAAUAGGCUGGAGGAUCGCAGGCGGUAUCUUGGUCCUUAUCAUCUGUUCCAUCAACAUGUACUUUGUCAUGGUUUAUGUCCAGGAACUAGGGCAUGUGGCAUUGUAUGUGGUGGCUGCUGUGGUCAGCAUAGCUUACCUGAGCUUUGUGUUUUACUUGGGUUGGCAAUGUUUGAUUGCACUGGGCAUGUCCUUCCUAGACUGUGGGCACACGUACCUACGUCUGGGAUUGACAGUUCAGCCUGAACUCUACCUUCUGAACACCGUGGAUGCUGACUCACUUGUGUCUAGAUGACUGACAGCCUGAGAGACUCUAUAAGACCCACUUUCUCUUAGUCCUUUUGUGCCAAGUGUCCUGUUAACGUUAUCUCUGUUAGUUCAGUGGUGAGUUUUGUUCAACCAUUUUGAGCAAAAGGCAAAGAUUUCCUCAUGGGACGGAUGUUAAAAGCUGACAGCUUUAAGUGUAGGUCAGAGACCCGCAGAGUCCUGAAACUGCCAGAGUUAAAUUUUUAGCCUAUGAUGGUCACACACCCCUAUGGGCUUGUGUCUCGACUUAUGGAAUUUUAAAGAUAUAUAUGUGUGUAUGUUUAUGUAAACCUGAACAUAUCAGUUUGGGUAGAGUUUUAAGGUUAUAUAAAAAUGAUAGAUCUUUUGUAUUUUUUUAACAAAUGGUGCUCAGAUAAAUCAGAUAGUUAUUUUGUCUGGAUCGCAAGUGACAAAGGAAAAGGAGCACUGUUCUUUUUCAGAGUGAACUGGUCAAGCUGACUUACUUUUAAAGUGAUACUUGACUAUAGCCAGUUAAAUUUCACUUUGAUUUUAAUUGACCAAACCUUGGUAACUACUGAUACUAGCACAUCAUUUCCAAAGAAAACACUUCUUCUAUUUGGCAUAUUUAAUCCUGGUUGUCGGUGUGCUUUGUGAUUGUUAUUUUCUUUGUUGCUUUUCUUGAGUUUUUUUCAGAGAUAUGAUGGUAUUUUCCAAAGAGCUUAAUGCCUACGAACAGGAUCCAGAAAUCACACUUAAACCAAUGAUCAGUUUUCCCUGCUGCAUUGUAACUCAGCCCAUUCUAGCAUUUAAGUUGUAGGUAUAAAAAGAAUUCUAACAUUUAACUUUGUAAGUCCCAACAGAAGAUAAUGGAGGUAUUAGUUUUCCUUCUGAUGUGUGAAUAGUCCCACCAUGUCUUUUCUUCCCACUUUUCCCAUUAACACUCCAAACACCAUUUCUAGGUCCAAAGUCUAUUUCCCAGAGUGGCUAAUAUUUCUCAUGCUGACUCUCCUAGGGAAUGCUAAGCGUUUUAAGUUAUAUAUACCAAGUAUAAUAGUGUGAGAUGAGAACUAGACUGGGACUUGGAAGAUUUGUCCACAUGUCACAAGCUGCCUGCCUACAUGUGGCUUAUAGAUAUUUUUUGACCCCCUCUUCCUAACCAGGAUUUUUUUUUUCCAUAACAUUUUUAUAAUAAAACAUUUAAUAUUUAAAACUUGAAAGUUUCUGCAUAACAAUCUGAUUGAAAAGUCAGAAGAUUUUCAACACUGGGCCCACGUUCCUUCACGGAAGUGCAGUUGGCUUGAACUGAAUGGCAGCUAUCCCUUUUUUUUUUUUUUUUUUUUUUUACAUCUUUAUUGGAGUAUAAUUGCUUUACAAUGGUAGUUUCUGCUUUAUAACAAAGUGAAUCAGCUAUACAUAUACAUAUAUCCCCAUAUCUCCUCCCUCUUGCACCUCCCUCCCACCCUCCCUAUCCCACCCCUCUAGGUGGUCACAAAGCACCGAGCUGAUCUCCCUGUGCUAUGCGGCUGCUUCACACUAGCUAUCUAUUUUACAUUUGGUAGUGUUAUAUAAGUCCAUGCCCAGCUAUCCAUUUUUAAUGGAAUAUACUCCAGGGUGGCAUCCAUGCCUUCUUUCAUUUCCUUCCAGCCCCAAAGGCAUUGAGUUUGCAAACCCUGCAGCCUUUGUGUGUUUGAGCAUCACUUUUCUCUUUCAGCAUAAAAAUUAAAUAUCCAACCUCUCUGCCUUAUUUUAAAACUUAGCACCUUUCAGUAAGACUUAAAAGAAUCCAGACAUUGCCUAUGUUCAUUUAUAAUGAUUUGAUCCUCUAAGUGGCAGGGAUUUUUUCCAAGAUGAUACUUUCAAAUUCCCUCAUUUCUACUUCAUGGCGCUUGAAACUUCUGAUAAGAGCAGCAGCCUUGCAACCCAGGUUAGAGACCUUCUGAUCUCAAAAAUGAAACUGAGUUAACGCCACUUAUCAGCUUUUACUUGAAAAAGCGACUUAAAAAAUGAGUUUGUAUCCAUUCAGCCAGUCUGUGUCUUUUGGUGGGAGCAUUUAAUCCAUUUACAUUUAAGGUAAUUAUCGAUAUGUAUGUUCCUAUUCCCGUUUUCUUAAAUGUUUUGCGUUUGUUAUUGUAGGUGUUUUCCUUCUCUUGUGUUUCUUGCCUAGAGAAGUUCCUUUAGCAUUUGUUGUAAAGCUGGUUUGGUGGUGCUGAACUCUCUCAGCUUUUGCUUGUCUGUAAAGGUUUUAAUUUCUCCAUCAAAUCUGAAUGAGAUCCUUGCUGGGUAGAGUAAUCUUGGUUGUAGGUUUUUCUCCUUCAUCACUUUAAGUAUAUCCUGCCACUCCCUUCUGGCUUGCAGAGUUUCUGCUGAAAGAUCAGCUGUUAACCUUAUGGGGAUUCCCUUGUGUGUUAUUUGUUGUUUUUCCCUUGCUGCUUUUAAUAUGUUUUCUUUAUAUUUAAUUUUUGAUAGUUUGAUUAAUAUGUGUCUUGGCAUGUUUCUCCUUGGAUUUAUCCUAUAUGGGACUCUCUGUGCUUCCAGGACUUGAUUAACUAUUUCCUUUCCCAUAUCAGUGUUUUGGUUUCUUUAUACAGAGACAGCAAUCUAGAUGAAUCAGUUUGUUGGAUUUUCCUCCCUCCAUGGGCAAUUUCAUUUCUCAGUAGUUUCACUACCAGAGAAUAUUUGGGGAAAGAAAAAAAAGCAAAAAAAAAAAUCCUGUUUUGCAACUCAUAAAAAGAUAAGGUGGUUGGUUAAACAGAGAUUAAGUACUUGAGGGAUUUCUGUAGCUUUUCUCCAUUCUUUAACUGUACGUUACUAGGAACAGACUAGAGUUUACAAAAAUUUAUAAGUAUACCCCUCAGGUCAUCUAACUCCUGUAAUCAGAAAAUUUGAUAAUAAAGCAAACUGAAUCAUGCAAAACCAGUAGAGAAGAUUGAUGUCUAAAGAGUGAGUCUUGGGUAAAGUUUUAUGCUAAGUUAAGAAUAUUAAAUUAUUCUUUAAUUUAUGAUUUACAAAUCCGGAUUUCUAUGUUAUGUGCUUAUAUAGAUAUUAAUAUAUUCAAUCUUUUUGUUUUUGGCCGUGCUGUGCCGCAUGUGGGAUCUUAGCUCCCCAACCAGGGAUUGAACCCUCGCCCCCUGCAGUGGAAGUCUGGAGUAUUAACCUCUGGAUCGCCAGGGAAAUCCCAAUGUAUUCAAUCUUAAGAUUAACCUAGAUGCGUAUACUCACUCAGUUCCUGGGGUUUAGCACUGUGGAGUCAAUUUUUAAAAGGAUGCUCUGACAGUGUAUACCCAGAAUGUUAGAAAAAUGCAAUUAAAUAAUUGUUACUGAGCAGCUGCUACCUAACUGUGUGUUGGCCUAAUAUAAAAGGCAGUCAGAGCAUAUCCAGGCACAUGAAAUAGUUUAAUUAGUCAGUGAGGCAGAGGUUACAGCAGACGAUGAAAAUAGCCUUCUCAGUUUUAAACAUUAUGAUAUUAAGCCACCAAACCUUUGCUCCAGAAGUAUUGUGUUAAUUCAGGUACUGUAUUUUAUCUAUUUAUAAGGUCCUCCUGCAACGGCUUCCCAUCUUUACCCAGGCUAAUGUGGGUGAAUGGGCAUCCUGCAUACUUAACUUUUCUCCAUACAAGAUUUUACAUUUUAAUUUAAACAUAAUUUGUGAGCUCUCAGGCAUAAUACUCUUUUUUUUUUUAAUACUUUUAUUUAUUUUAUUUAUUUAUUUAUGACUGUGUUGGGUCUCUUAGUUUUCGUGUGAGGGCUUUCUCUAGUUGCGGCAAGUG